GUCUUCUUCCUCUCCCUCUCUGCUCUACAGGAGGACCGACGGAGCGAGCGCGCCCGCCCGCCAUUAUUGCGGCCCUUCCACACGCGUGCAUGCACGCUGCGGCCAUCAUCUCCUCACGAGGGCCCUGAGCAUCAUCAUCAUUUAUACUCUGCCGUGACCGUGAGCACCAGCCGCCACUAGACAAGAACACACAGAGACAGAGCCAAAGCGAGCACCAGAGAGAACCAAGAGGAGAGAGCAGAGAGACAGAGCCAAAGCGAGCAGCAGACAGAGAGAGAGCAGGGCGAGAGUAGAAAGGAGAGAGCAGAGAGGAUCGGUCUCUAGCCUCUCGUCGGAGCGAGCCAUGGAGCAGUACGAGGUGGUGGAGCAGAUCGGCCGGGGCGCCUACGGCACCGCCUACCUCGUCCUCCACAAGCCCGACAAGAAGCGCUACGUCAUGAAGAAAAUCAGGCUCUCCAAGCAGAACGACAAGUUCCAGCGGACCGCAUACCAGGAGAUGUCUCUCAUGGCCAGCCUCAGCAACCCCUACAUCGUCGAGUACAAGGACGGAUGGGUCGACGAGGGGACCUCCGUCUGCAUCGUCACCAGCUACUGCGAAGGAGGCGACAUGGCGCAGAGGAUCAAGAAGGCCAGAGGCGUCCUCUUCUCUGAAGAGAGGGUGUGCCGGUGGUUCACACAGUUGCUCUUGGCCCUCGACUACCUGCACUGCAACCGGGUGCUCCACCGGGACCUCAAGUGUUCCAACAUCCUGUUAACCAAGGAUAACAACAUACGGCUCACUGAUUUCGGGUUAGCGAAAUUACUCAUGGAGGACCUUGCUUCAUCGGUUGUAGGAACCCCAAACUACAUGUGCCCAGAAAUAUUUGCGGACAUACCUUACGGUUACAAAUCUGAUAUAUGGUCACUUGGUUGCUGUAUGUUUGAGAUUUUAGCACACCGCUCUGCGUUCAAAGCAACAGACAUGGCAACAUUAGUCAACAAAAUAAACAGAUCUUCAAUAUCUCCAAUGCCCCCAAUAUACUCAUCGUCACUGAAGCAGAUAGUGAAGAGUAUGCUAAGAAAAAAUCCAGAGCAUAGACCAACUGCUGGAGAGCUAUUGAGACACCCAUAUUUGCUUCCCUAUGUGGCUGAAUCAUCCAACUGCUCCCCAAUCUACCUUCCAAUAAAGCCCACCAAGAGUAACCUGGGAGACAAGCAGUCAAGAAGGCCAAGUGGCGGCAGAAAGAGUGUCGGAAAAGCCAACGGAUCCAACGAAGCAUUACAAACAGCAGCAGAGCAAACUAUGGACAGAUCGGCAAACAACUCAGAUCUAUCAACUGCUGGUACCCAGGAUGCCUGCAUUUUGCAAAUACCAGUGGAUCCUGAAACCGGAAACAGAGAACAGCAACGGACGGACGUUUUAUCACUUCAACAUACAGAGGAGAACUUGACAGCAACAAGUGAUCGACAGAUUGAUGAGACAAUACGUCUUAAAACUAUCAGAACCCGCAGUUCAGUAGAGGCUGCCCCAGCUAACAGUGCAAGUCAAGAGCUUAACGAGGCACCGAUACCAAAAGAGGAACUGACUAUUGGAGUAGUGCAAGAGCAAAGAAAGGAUGUGAAGACACCACGGUCUUGUCAAGGAACAAAACCAGGCAUGUGUGAUGUAGAUGCUGGUACAGAAGAAUCAUCACCAGUGAGCACUCUGAAAUUACGAAGUGCAGAUAGCACACCUGCCGAGUUUGAUCAUCUGAACGUUGUGCAGCAGAGAGCUGAUGCUCUGGAGUCCCUUCUUGAGAUUUGUGCAAAGCUCUUGGAGCAGGAACGGCUAGAUGAGCUGGCAGGUAUUCUUAAGCCGUUUGGAGAAGGAGCUGUGUCGUCUAGAGAGACAGCAAUAUGGCUGACGAAAAGUCUGAUGACUCCAAAGUUUGGAGGGUCCCCAAAACAUGUGUAGUGGAAAGAAUUUGACGGUCUUGCGUGCAAUUGAGUGCUGCUUGGAGAGGAUUCAUUAUUGUUCUGACUGAGGCUUGAGUUUUAUUUACCUUGAUGUAUAAGGCUUGCAUUACCGCGCACAUUGUGUGCACUAACUAUUCAGUUAUCUAUUGUACAGUAGGAGCUGCUGAUUGUCUGAUUCUACAGGCUUUCAAGUAAAAAAUAAUGGAGAUCACUCCAAUUUCAGUCC